UAUCGACAAAAGAUGGUUUAAAGGAGAUUAUAUCCCCCCAGUCAUCAGACUGGUAGGUUACUUCGUCCAACACACUGAUUUAUCAACUGCUACCAUCCCCCACGUUUUCCUCUCAUCUACGUCGUAUAAUACAUAAGGUUAUAGCAACGCCACACAUCUAGUUACCAUGGAAGAAAACGUUGAUGUGUUGAUUGUCGGAGCCGGCCCGGUAGGCCUUAUCACGGCCUUGCAGCUUGCUCUUUUCGGCAAUGUCUCGGUUCGUGUCAUCGAGAAACACGCCAAAUCGAUGCAAGAUUCAUAUGGCCGCGCCAUCACUCUUUUCCCUCGAACCAUCGAGAUGCUCGACCAGCUACGUCUUGCCGAUGCGCUGCUGCAGAGUUGUUUUGCUUGCCGAGAAACGGUAACCUACAAUGCUAAAGGUGAAGAAGUCCCUGGUCGAGGAUGGAGUUUCAUGAAUAAGAUAUAUGACACGACGUUUGAUUUCACGCUUGUGCUUAGGCAAAAGUUCCAGGAAGAGAUUUUUCGAAAUGCGAUGGCGGAACACGGCGUGCAAGUGGAAGCGCCGGUCGAGUUGACAGCUGCUUCGGUUGACCAAAGCAUUCCUCCAACAGGCCAUCGGGUAUCAGCAGUUCUUCGUGACUGCAGCAACGAGACGCAUAAGACAGUUAAAUGCAAAUAUCUAAUAGGUUGCGAUGGAGGACGCUCGUCUAUCCGGCGAAUAUUCAAUAUUCCUUUCGAGGGUUCCGCUAGUGAAGACAAAUGGGUGAGAAUAGACGGCCAGAUCAAAACCGACAUGCCUAAGUCUCGUUCAUACUGUUCAAUUGAAUCACCAACUCACGGAAAUGUGCUCUGGGUGGCCCUAGACCAUGGCGCAACGAGAAUCGGAUAUGCAUUCACCGACGAUCGAGCCAACGCAUACCCUAGAUUCGAUGAGGACGCUGCUGUCAAGGAGGCCAUUGCUGCAGUUAAACCUUUCAAUAUUGAAUUCGAACGAGUUGAUUGGUGGACGAUUUAUACAGUAGGGCAACGCAUAGCUAAGGACUUCUUCGUUCACGACUGUGUCCUACUUGCUGGAGAUGCUUGUCAUACUCAUUCAUCGGGAGCGGCCCAGGGGAUGAACACCGGAAUCCACGAUGCGGUAAAUCUCGCUUGGAAGUUGAGUCUAACACUGCGCGGAUUGGCCAACCGAAAUCUCCUCAAGACCUAUCAGGCAGAGCGACUUCCGAAUGUACAGAAACUUAUCCAGUACGACAAGGAUGUCAGCCGACUCAUGACGAAUCGUCUCCCGGAGAAUUGGCAGGGCGACCCAGAUGCAGAUGUCAACAUGGUGUUGGGGCAAGUUUUCGAAGAAUCUGGCACUUUCAAUACCGGGCUUGGCAUCUUCUAUGAGAUCCACGAAGACAACCCCUUAAACGUGGAAGGCUCAUUUACUAGCUCACAAACUCUAAUAAAAGCAGGAAGAAGAGGUCCUGACGUCGCCCUCCUACGCCCGGGGACAUUUGAGCAUACGAGGCUAAUUCGUGAGCUGCGAAGCUAUGCGACGUUUCAUGUUCUUGUCUUUGCGAGCGAGCAUAAGCCUCCCAUUCCAGGAGCGGUAUAUGAGAAUGUGGCAGGUUCGUCGACGUUACAAUGUCUCAUCGAUCGAAAAUAUCUGGAUUUCAUGACUAUUAUUCCUAGGUCAAAGGUACCUUCUCCAUACGAAUUUCUUGGGCAUGAUCCCUUAGGACGUGUCUUUCUCGAGCAUGAGGAUAGGUCGGCUCACCUGCAAUAUGGAGUCGGGACGCAGGGCGCCAUCGUCGUGUUAAGGCCAGACGGCUGGAUUGGAACGAUGAUUAAGUUGGAGACGGAAGCUACUUUGGAACUUGAGCGUUAUCUCCUUGGUAUAUUUUCAGAAAUAUGGGUUUGAGAUAACGGGGCUCCUCCGAUAGGUCACCUAUGCCGAUUUGCUUAAUAUUCGGUCAAGUAAUAGAAGAGGGAAUUCAUAUUAUGGUGCCGAUCUCAUGUCUUUGACAGUUCUUUACGUUGAUCGUUCGACAGAUCUUGCAGAUGAGAUGCUAUCGUACUCGGUAAUUCUUGGCGAUAUCUCUGAGACACCCCGCGGAGAAACUAAGCCGUUACGACGGUCUCACUCACGGAUACGACAUAUCCCCUCGGAACCAAAAUACC